AGAAGUCUUAUCCAAUUGACUGGAAGAUGGAGUUCAUGAUUUUAUCCUAUCUCAAUAUUUCAACCAUGAUGAUAUGGGCAUUCGGUGCAAUGUCGAAAGAAAAUAAAUAUAGUGUCUGUAACAGUACAAAUGCGUGUAUAUUUAACGCAACUGCAUGGAGCGAUCUACCUCGCAUAUAUGGUGUCAUUUUAAUAGGUAUGGCUUUAAUAAUGGCACUCAUCAUUAUACUCCUCAAAGCGUUACACACCGCAUCUACACUGAAUAACAUCAUUAUGUUUAUAACGUCGAUUGAUAUGAUUGUCGGCUAUGGAUUAUUGACUGGCUUUGGUGAUGAUUAUCAGCAGGUCAUUGCGCCAAUUGUGCCAGUCGCAACACUGAUCUUUGCAAUUAUAUCAGGUCUAAGAAUGAAAGGAUCUUCAGGCAAAUUGAGGCAAAUACUAUUUUUAUUUUUCUUGGUAUUGUUGAUAGCUGCAAUUGUCUUCAGCAUUUUAAGUAUAAUUUGCAAUGACGAUAAUAAGUAUGAUAUUAUGUAUGCAGUUCUGUCUGCAAUUCUUUGGUUCGUUUCAAUGUUCAUCAUGGUUACAUUGACUACGUACUAUUUGACAAAACACGUCAAAUUGGAAGACUACACUGUAGUUUAUAUGACUUUUAUACUUUUGAUGGAAUAUAUGAUAAUGUUGAUUAUUUCAUAUCUUCAUGUAAACUAUUUUUAUUAUUGUUGCUGUCAUCAAAUGCUUUCGAUUCGACUUAAUUAUGGGCAAUAAU